GAGGAUGGUAUAAAAGCUUUGGCCGCUGUGCUUCCGCAGGACUGACAGCUGAUGGGACAUGCUUGUGCUGGCUGUGUUGCCAUAAUUACGACAGACAUUGCAGCCUGCAUUAGACACCAGCAGUAGUUAAAAUGGAAAUCCAGAGGACUGGCUCCCUGAUGGGGGCACCUGGCUCCAUGGAGAGUCUGGAAAAACAACUUAGUUGUCCAAUCUGUCUUGAUCUGUUCACCAAGCCUGUAGUGAUCCUUCCCUGUCAACAUAACUUGUGCCGUGGAUGUGCUAGUGACCUUUACGACUCUCGAAACCCUUACAGAUUUUCAGGCGGGGUGUUCAGGUGUCCAACAUGUCGUUUUGAGGUGGUUCUUGAUCGUCAUGGUGUACAUGGACUUCAAAGGAAUCUUCUAGUAGAGAACAUUAUUGACCUUUACAAACAGCAGCAAGAAGGUGGUGGAACCACAGCAGUGCCUGUAAAACCUAAAGUCUCCACUGAACCACUGUGUGAGGAGCACAAGGAUGAAAAGAUCAACAUCUACUGUGUGACCCACCAGGUUCCCACUUGCUCGAUGUGUAAAGUGUUUGGAGAGCACAAGGACUGUGAAGUUUCCCCCCUUGCUAGCGUUUACCAGGCCCAAAAGGGAGAGAUGAGCAACGCCAUCGAUGCUCUGGUUGCAGGCAAUGCAAGGCUGCAGGCCCUGUUAAACCAGAUGGAGGAAGCUUGCAAAGCUGUUCAGGAAAAUGCCCAACAUGCUAAGCAAAGGCUAGGAGAGCGAUUUGAUGGUCUAUAUGUAGCUCUAGAGGAACGAAAGAAUGCCCUCUUGGAGCGUAUUAGCAAAGAGCAGGAUGAGAAGGUAGCAGCCUUACGAAAGCUAGCUAGACGUUAUGGAGACCGCCUACAAGCAGGCACAGAACUCACUGAUACAGCAGUUCAGGCCCUUGAACAAAGCAGUGCUGCAGAGUUCCUGCAGUCCUCCAAGGGUCUCAUUGCACAGACAAAGGAUGCAGCCAAGAGUUCCCUGGCUGAGGAAAGACCUGAACCUGGAUUUGAAAGGAUGGACCAUUUUACUCUUUUCACAGACCAUAUUGAGACAUUGUUGUCCAAGAUAGACUUUGGAGCAGACGAGGAUGAAGAAUAUGAAGAUGCAGAGGAAGAAGAAGAGGAGUGAACUGGACACGUCCUGGUUGGAGAGUUAGUGUCCAUGAAGGAGAAGUGAAGGACAAUGUCAAAAAUGUUGCUAAAUAAUAUAUGUUAACAGAUUGUAAAUAGUUUUACAGGGUAUGCUGCUAAGCCAUUUGAACACUACAGACUACUGAAAACUACAAAGCAACGUUGUGAGAGAAAACUGAUUUAGUGCCAUUUUAUACUUUUAUAAUGAUAGUUUAUAUAUUUGUCUGUCUGUGAAUCAUGCUGAUAGUAUACUGAAAUGAAUGGAAAACAUGAUCAUACUAUUCAUUUACGUGGAUAUGAAAUGAAACAGAACAUAAUGUAAAAUAAGAUUGUAUAAGUGUAUAAGAUUGUAUAAGUCAAUUUUUGUGAUUACUGUGGUUAUUUUGCUGCAUUACAAUGAAAUCUUUAAUAAAGCAUUAAAUUGA